AGUAUGGAUACCAGUAGUCGCUUAAAUUCCACUUUUCAUCUCACUUUUCUCUUUCUUCUCAUUUUUUAUUUCUCCUCAGAUAUGGAGACCAUUAAGCUCUGUUUGGGUGAUGGGAAUCUCAAUGUUAAAUGCAUAGACACUGAGAGGGAAGCACUCCUUGAAUUAAAGAAUGGCCUCAGUGAUCCUUCUGGUAGGCUGUCCUCCUGGGAGGGAAAUGAUUGCUGCAAGUGGAAUGAAGUCAUAUGCAACAGCCAGACAGGUCAUAUCACCAAGCUCAAUCUUCGAAAUCCUUACCCAUUGAUCAAUGGCGGAGUUGGUGACCGAGCAGCUUAUGAGAGAUCAUGUUUGGGUGGUAAUAUUAGUUCUUCCUUGAGUCGUCUACAAUAUUUGAGCUACUUAGAUAUGAGCUUAAAUGAUUUUAGAGGUGCUGAAAUUCCUGAUUUCUUUUCUGGAUUCAAAAAUUUGAGAUAUCUUAACCUCUCUUUCUCGUCAUUUUCUGGAGAUAUCCCAUCUCAACUUGGGAACCUGUCAAGCUUGCUUUAUCUUGACCUCUAUGCAGAUUCAUACAGCAACACAGGCUCCUGGGAGUUGCGUGCCAAUAAUUUGCAUUGGCUUUCAGGUCUUUCUUCUUUGAAGUAUCUAAAUCUGGGAUUUGUUAAGCUCAAAGGAGUAGGAUCUGAUUGGCUUCAAGCUGUUAAUAUGCUUCCUUCCUUGGUAGAGUUACACUUGGAUUAUUGUGAACUUGAAAGUCUUCCACUUUCGUUUCCUUCCAUUAACUUAACAUCCCUUUCAGUCCUUGAUUUAUCAGAUAACUCUUUCAAUUCUAAGAUUCCUCAAUGGUUGUUCAAUCUUACUGGCCUUACAAAACUUUACCUUGUGUGGAACUUCUUUAGUGGUCCUAUUCCUAGUGAAUUUUCAAGACUGAAAUCUCUGGAAGUCCUUGUUUUGUCAAACAAUUUGGAUCUGGGCGGUCAAAUUCCUGGUGUGUUUGGGAAUCUCAGAAACCUGAAGGUCUUAGAUCUUUCUGCUAAUGGUUUAACUGGUGAAAUUCAUCAGUUUUUUGGUGGUUUUUCCAGUAACCCAAACAACAGCUUAGUCUCACUGAAUUUAAACUCUAAUUCACUGGCAGGGGAACUGCCUGAAUCAUUAGGAGUGCUUAGAAAUUUGCAAUAUCUUUACCUUUCUGGCAACUCUUUCUUUGGUUCCAUUCCAACAUCCAUAGGAAAGUUGUCAUCCUUGAAGAAAUUGGACCUCUCCUAUAACAGUAUGAAUGGGACAAUUCCAGAGAGUUUUGGCCAACUUUCAGAGCUAGUGGAUGUAAAUCUCGUGGAAAAUUCCUGGGAAGGAACUCUGGAAGAAACCCACUUGAUGAAUCUCAAUAGCCUGGAAAAUUUCCAUCUCUCAACAGUCCCGUCGAGGUCCUUGGUAUUCAAUGUGUCAUAUAAGUGGAUUCCUCCUUUCAGACUCAAAUCCAUCCAACUUGAAAACUGCCAAUUAGGUCCUUCAUUUCCUGUGUGGCUGCAAGUCCAGAAUGAACUUACCUCUGUCACUCUAAGAAAUGUUGGAAUCUCAGAUACCAUUCCAGGGGAAUGGUUUUCGAAACUUUCUCCUCAUAUCACUCACUUGGUUUUAUCAAAUAACCAAAUCAAGGGAAAGUUGCCAAACCAAUUGAAAACUCCAAAUUUAAGGUUUAUUGAUUUGAGCUCUAACCGAUUUGAGGGGCCUCUCCCACUUUGGUCUGCUAAUGCAACUGAAGUUUACCUUCAGGGCAACUUGUUUUCAGGUUCCAUACCUGAGAACAUAGGUGGCCUAAUGCCAAGGCUCGAAAAAUUCUAUGUUUUUUCAAACCAUCUUGCUGGUGGAAUUCCAUCAUCAUUUUGUGCUAUAAGAGGUCUGCAAGUUCUUUCCCUUAGGAAAAAUCAGAUUUCAGGAGAGAUUCCCAACUGCUGGCAUCAAUCAAUGUUGUGGGCUAUUGAUAUGUCAAACAACACUUUAACAGGUCAAAUUCCAAGUUCAUUUGGUUUCCUGUCUUCCCUCAGUGUUCUGUUGUUGAGAAACAAUUAUCUUGAUGGAGAAAUUCCUUCUUCCAUGCAAAAUUGCUCUGGACUAACAAGCAUUGAUUUUCGUGGGAAUAAGCUUUCAGGGAGCCUUCCUUCGUGGAUUGGAGAAAGGUUAUCUUCUUUGUUCAUGCUGCAGCUUCAAUCGAACUCUCUCAGGGGUCCAAUCCCACAACAAUUAUGUAAUCCUCCAAAUCUUCACAUCUUAGAUCUUUCAGGGAACAGAUUUUCAGGGGAUAUUCCCAAGUGUGUUGGCAAUCUUACAGCCUUGGUCUCUGGUAAAAACAGCGAGGUGUUCUUACAGCUUUUAUAUGUUGCAAUGAAAGGCAAAACCCUCGAGUAUAAAAACAUUGUUGCAGCUGUCAAUGGAAUUAACCUUUCUGGAAACAAUCUAACUGGAGAAAUUCCAGUUGAGGUAACAAACCUUGUCACUUUGCGAGCCCUGAACCUGUCAAGAAAUCAGCUAAGUGGAAAUAUAACAGAGAAGAUCGGAGAUCUUCAGAAUUUGGAAACACUUGAUCUGUCAUACAACCAUCUUUCAGGGUCCAUUCCCGGAAGCCUGGCUUCUUUGAAUUCGUUGGUGCAUUUGAACUUGUCUUACAACAACUUGGAAGGGAAAAUUCCUGCAGGGUUUCAAAAAUUCAAAGAUCCAUCAGUAUUUAUUGGAAAUCCAUCACUAUGUGGAAUCCCUCUGCCAAAUAAAUGCCCUGGAGGUGACAGAAUCUUGUAGUUCAAUAUGAAUAUGGUUCUGAGUUAGUUAAUUUUCUAUUUCCCUUUGUCCUUCGUUGUCAUUUGCAAAGUAAUAAUAAUGAUAAACUAAAUUGAAGGCUGUGUACUAGAGCCUAGUGA